UUCAGUUUAUAAAAUAUUUGCACUAUUUCAAAACAGCCGCAACUGAUACAAAGACCAAAAGUGUAGUGGCUCUAGUAGUAGUAAUAAUUGUACUUAUUGUAUGUCCACAUAGACAAAUGCCAACCGACCACUUAAUUUAUAGAUGUUUGAAAACUGAAAAAAAAAAAAACAAUAAAUAUUUUCUUAGUCAAUACUCGCAAAACAUGCUUUUCAGUUUUCCCCUUACCUUUAAAACUUUUUUUCUUUUUAGUUUUUAUUUUUAAUUAUGAUGUGGCUCCACAUGUUGAAACAAGCUCCAGUCCUUCCUCACACCUCACCUUCCCUAUAAAUCUCACACUCUCGCACCAAAACCAUAGUAAACUCGAAACACCCUUUUUUUUUUCUCUCUCUCUCUCUCUCUCUCUAAAAACAAAACAACAAAACAACAAAAACAACUCCCGGUCGAUCCAUAAUAUAAAAAUCAUGGCAGCUACGAUUCAAAUUCUACACACUACUAAGCCCAACAAUAGUAGUCAUCACGUCACGUUCUCAGACAACUUUCGGCCCCGCCCGCAUUCUUUCGGGCAGGUUUCGUUGCCUAUCAAAUCCCACACAAUAACUUCCAUUUCUUCUUCUUCUUAUUUGACAGUGAACGCUGCUACUUUUCUAGAAACACUACCCACAACAACCGUCGCGACUACCAGCACUGUAACUUCAACCGCCACUAGCUUAAGGCGGCCAUCGCAGCCUUCGAAACUGGCGGAUCUUUGGAGAGAGAUUCAAGGCUCCAAUAACUGGGAAGACCUCGUCGACCCACUACAUCCUUUACUUCGAAGUGAGAUUAUUCGCUACGGCGAGUUCGUUUCGGCUUGUUAUAAGGCCUUCGACCUCGACCCCAACUCCAAACGCUACUUGAAUUGCAAGUACGGGAAGAGGAACAUGUUGAAAGAGGUUGGGUUAGAAAGUUCGGGCUACGAAGUAACCAAGUACAUUUACGCCACUCCCGAUAUCAACAUUCCUGUCCAGGCCGGCGGCGGCGAUACCUGUAGCCGAUGGAUCGGUUACGUAGCAUUAUCGUCAGACGAGGCAGCUCGGAAGCUGGGAAGACGGGAUGUCCUCGUUACCUUCCGGGGAACUGUCACCAACCCGGAGUGGGUGGCGAACUUGAUGAGUUCCUUAACACCGGCGAGGCUUGAUCCUCAUCAUCCUCGCCCAGAUGUUAAGGUCGAAUCAGGGUUCUUGAGUUUGUACACUUCAGACGAGAGCUCGAGCAAGUUCGGCCCUGAUAGCUGCCGAGAGCAGCUCCUGUCGGAGAUCUCGAGGCUUAUAAACAAGUACAAAGGUGAGGAGCUGAGCAUAACCUUAGCCGGACACAGUAUGGGGAGCUCAUUAGCCGUUCUACUAGCGUACGACAUCGCUGAGCUCGGUUUGGCGAAAAGCGACAACAUCCCAGUUGCCGUUUUCUCGUUUGGAGGGCCGAGAGUGGGCAACUCCGAGUUCAAGAGGCGUUGCGAGGAGUUGGGUGUCCGAGUGUUGAGGAUUGCCAACGUUAAUGACCCGAUCACGAAGAUGCCAGGGGUCUUAUUCAACGAGAAUUUUAGGGUUUUGGGCGGGAAGUACGAGUUCCCUUGGAGUUGUUCGUGUUACACGCAUGUGGGAGUGGAGUUGGUCUUGGAUUUCUUCAACAUGCAAAACCCUUCUUGCGUUCACGAUUUGGAGACUUAUAUUGGUUUAUUGAAGUGCCCCAACAGAGCAGACGCUGACCAAAAUAAUGGUCAACGGGAUUCAACUAAUUUUAACAACAUUAAUAAUCAUGUCAUGAUCAUGGGUGGGGAAUUUUUUAACAUGGCUAAAGAUUUGAUUUUGAGUGCUCAGAAUUUCAACAUGUUGCCAUGGCUAUGUGUCGCUGGUAAUAUGGUAAGUUUGGUGCAGUCACAGGGAAUAGAUAAUCAAGUAGAUUUUUUUAGUUAGAUUAUAUAUAUAUAUAUAGAGAGAGAGAGAGAGAGAGAGAGAGAGAGAGAGAGGUAGAUAAAGUAGUGAUGAAGUAAUUAAAACUCAGCCUUAUGAAUUUUAAAUAGGGUAAAGAGUAAAUUACUUCUUGAGAUAUCGAGUAGUAUCAGUAAUAUAUAUAUAUAUAGUUGUACAUGUAUAUGAUUAUGAGAGUUCUGAUAAAUAUAUCUAUAUAUGUAGAGGCCCUCUGCAAAUGAAUCAAACGGGGUCGUUAUAAUAUGUUGAAAAGAUUUUGUAGUUGUACCUAAUUGAUAAAUCGAUGUUAAUAUUAUAAAUUA